GGCCUAACCUACUUAACAGGCUCCAAGCCAGUGAGAGACUUUGGCUCAAAAAAGAAAAGAAAAAAUAAAUGGCACCAAAGGUUGUAUAUGUACAUACAUGCGCGCAUGCACUUGUAUGCACACACACACAGAAAGCUCGAUUCCCAGAGACCGACUGAGCUGAGGAGAGCUCCUGGUGAUGACCUAAGCAGCCACAGGGGGAAGCACCGCACUGAGCAAAUGUUAACUGAGUCCCCAGCAUGGUGAUGGCAGCUCUGCUCCUUCCAUGCCAACGAAAACCUGCUUUUCCAGGUCUGACCAUCGGUUCCGGCUGCAGCCUGACUCAGGUGAAAGACACCUUGGCUGAAAUCAUCUCUGAGCUCCCAGAGGAGAAAACUCAGACCUACCGGGCUCUUCUAAAACACCUUCAAAGCUUGGCUGGGCAGCAGAUCCGGAACAUGGCGACCCUAGGUGGACAUGUUAUGAGCAGGCAUUGCUACUCAGAUCUGAACCCUAUUCUCUCUGUGGGCAGCGCUGUUCUCAAUCUGCUGUCAGAAGAAGGCCUGCGGCAGAUUCCUCUCGACGGACAAUUUCUUGCUGGGCUGGUGAGCGCAGACCUGAAGCCGGGGGAGAUUUUGGGAUCUGUGUACAUCCCUCACUCUCAAAAGUGGGAGUUCGUGUCUGCCUUCCGGCAGGCCCAGUGCCGCCAGAACGCUUUGCCUGAGGUGAAUGCUGCCAUGAGAGUACGGUUCAAAGAAGGCACAGACACCAUACAGGAGCUGAGCAUUGCCUACGGAGGGGUAGGGCCCUCCACCACCACCGCACACAGCACCUGCCAGCGGCUCCUCGGCAGGCGCUGGAACGCGCUCACGCUGGACGAGGCUUGCAGGCUGCUUCUGGAUGAAGUCUCCCUUCCAGGCUCCGCCCUGGGCGGCAAGGUGGACUUCAGGAGGACUCUGAUCGUCAGCUUCUUCUUCAAGUUCUACCUGGAGGUUCUCCAGGAACUGACAGUGGGAGUAACGCCCCCGGAGCCCGCCGACAGCCAGCGCUAUCCAGAGAUUGCAGACCGGUUCCGAAGUGCGCUGGGAGAGUUCCAGGUCACGCUACCCCAGGGAAUCCAAACAUACCAGAAGGUAGAUUCUCACCAGCCUCUCCAAGAUCCAGUUGGACGUCCCAUCAUGCACCUGUCAGGUCUUAAACAUGCCACAGGGGAAGCCAUCUUUUGUGAUGACAUCCCCAGGGUGGAUAAUGAACUUUUCAUGGCAUUGGUGACCAGUACCAGGGCUCAUGCAAGAAUCAUAUCAAUUGAUUCAUCUGAGGCCCUCGACCUCCCUGGUGUGGUUGAUGUGAUAACAGCUGAAGACAUUCCAGGCACCAAUGGUGACGAGGAUGACAAAUUACUGGCUGUGGAUAAGGUGCUCUGUGUGGGCCAGGUCAUCUGUGCUGUGGUUGCUGAGACUGACAUUCAGGCAAAACGAGCGACUGACAAGAUAAAAGUCACCUAUGAGGAUCUGAAACCUGUGAUUUUCACCAUCGAGGAUGCCAUAAAACACAAUUCAUUCCUGUGCCCUGAAAAAACGCUUGAACAAGGAAACGUCGAGGAGGCGUUUGAAAAUGUGGAUCAGAUAGUUGAAGGAGAGGUCCACGUCGGUGGACAGGAACAUUUCUACAUGGAAACACAGAGAGUGCUCGUUAUUCCAAAGACAGAAGACAAGGAACUGGACAUGUAUGUCUCCACACAGGACCCAGCCCAUGUGCAGAAAACAGUGUCCUCUACCUUAAACAUUCCCAUCAGCAGGAUCACCUGCCAUGUGAAACGAGUGGGUGGAGGCUUUGGAGGAAAGGUGGCGAGACCAGCUGUGUUCGGGGCAAUUGCUGCAGUGGGGGCUGUCAAGACUGGCCACCCCAUUCGUCUUGUUCUGGAUCGUGAAGAUGAUAUGUUAAUAACUGGGGGAAGACACCCAUUGUUUGGAAAAUAUAAAGUGGGAUUCAUGAACAGUGGACGAAUCAAAGCCCUAGACAUCAGGUGCUACCUCAACGGAGGGUGCACACUGGAUGACUCAGAGCUGGUAACAGAAUUUCUUGUACUAAAGCUGGAAAAUGCAUAUAAAAUCCGCAACCUCAGACUCCGAGGUCGCGCAUGCAUGACGAAUUUACCGUCCAAUACAGCCUUUCGUGGGUUUGGCUUCCCACAAGGAGCCCUGGUAACAGAGUCCUGCAUCACAGCGGUGGCAGCCAAAUGUGGGCUUCCACCAGAAAAGAUUAGGGAGAAAAACAUGUACAAAACAGUCGAUAAAACCAUCUACAAACAAGCCUUCAGCCCGGAACCUCUGAUAAGGUGUUGGAAGGAGUGUCUGGACAAGUCUUCCUUCCACAUCAGAAGGACGCAAGUGGAAGAGUUCAAUAAGAAGAACUACUGGAAGAAGCGGGGCAUCGCUGUGGUCCCCAUGAAGUUUUCUGUGGGCUUUGCUGCAACGAGCUACCAUCAGGCAGCUGCUCUCGUUCAUAUCUACACUGAUGGGUCUGUCUUGGUCGCGCAUGGAGGCAAUGAACUGGGACAAGGUAUUCACACCAAAAUGUUACAGGUGGCCAGCCGUGAAUUAAGAAUACCCAUGUCCCACCUGCAUGUCUGUGAAACAAGCACAGCCACGGUGCCCAACACGGUUGCCACGGCGGCGUCCAUCGGAGCGGAUGUCAACGGUAGAGCUGUGCAGGACGCCUGUCAGAUCCUUCUCAGACGUCUUGAGCCCAUCAUUAAGAAAAACCCAGAAGGGUCAUGGAGAGACUGGAUAGAAGCAGCCUUUGAACAAAGAAUCAGUCUUUCAGCUACUGGAUACUUCAGGGGCUACAAGGCCUUCAUGGACUGGGAGAAGGGAGAGGGAGACCCGUUCCCAUACUAUGUCUAUGGAGCUGCGUGUUCUGAGGUUGAAAUUGACUGCCUGACAGGUGCUCAUAGAAAAAUCAGAACAGACAUUGUCAUGGAUGCAUGCUGCAGCCUGAAUCCCGCCAUUGAUGUUGGCCAGAUAGAAGGCGCAUUUAUCCAGGGAAUGGGCCUUUACACCACCGAAGAGCUGCACUACUCCCCUGAGGGCGUCCUGUACUCCCGGAGCCCGAACGAGUACAAAAUCCCAACGGCCGCCGACGUCCCUGAGCAGUUUCACGUGUCCCUGCUGCCGUCCUCUCAGACCCCGCUCACCAUCUACUCCUCAAAGGGCCUUGGCGAAUCUGGCAUGUUCCUAGCGUCAUCUGUGUUUUUUGCCAUUGCUGAUGCGGUGGCUGCUGCACGCAGACAAAGAGACUUAGCUGAGGACUUCACAGCGAGGAGCCCAGCGACCCCAGAGCGGGUGCGGAUGGCCUGUGCAGAUCAGUUCACAGACAUGAUCCCAAGAGAUGACCCAAAGACAUUUAAACCUUGGUCUAUCCCUAUAGCAUAAGCUGCUCUUGUCUCCUAAGAGGCUAUCCAAAGGAAAGGACGGCUUCUUAAUCCUAACUGGACUCUAAACUGAUAUUCAUGUUCUGUCUGGUGGGAGGGAGGGGCGAGCCCUGUCACAAAAUUUAGAACCACUAUUCAAAUCUAACUACAUUCACAAGAUGAAUCAUUUAUUACAAAUUAUUUACUUAGUUAGUGUCCCCAGCCUGGACAAGCACUGCAGUGUUUGAGGCGUGUUUAAUGAUUUGUCUCUGAGAAGACUGUGUGAAUGUCGAUGCUGGAGCAUAAAGGAGACGGGUGUGCUGGCAGCAUCUUUGCCUGAUAGAGCCUGGUGGCGGACACACAUGUCAGGCCUUUGAGGCAGGAGCCACUGAGCCCCAGCAGGGCAAAGUUUCUGCAAGGUUUUCUUUCGUUUCCCGGGGCCUCCGCUGUGGUUCUCGGUCCCAGCAUUUGACAGAAGACAAGUGGUCUUUCCUUCGUUCAAUGAUGGAUGAUCGUUCGGCGAGUGAGCGUGCCCUCUGGGAUUUUGAAUGCAUUAUCACGAUCACAAACUGUUUUGCUUUUAUUUCUGUGGGGUUUUUGGUUUGUUUGUUUUUGUUUUGUUUUACUAUUUUAUGGAAAACAUCUGAUCAGGGCUUCAGAAAUACUGGAUGGCUCAGUUUCCCAGGUAACCAAGAGCAAAUGAAUCAACCUUGUACUGUGGUUGAGGAUAUUAAGAGUUAAAAUGUAGGUCAGUGAUGGAGAGUUUACCUAGUAUGGUCUAUUCAGUCCUGAGUCUGAACCCCAGCACAACAAAAAUAAAACUGGAACAAUGAAUGUGCAGGGUCCGUGGGAAGUCCAAUCCGGUUUGAAGAGCUUUCAAAGGAGGUGAAAAGCUGCAUGUGAAUUGGGCCUAAUGGCCAGAAAGUGGAGGAGAAAACAGACAUUGUACCAGCCUGGAUUCCCGUGUCCUAGUGGGCGGGCUCCAGAAGGGGGCGGAGAAGGUGAGGUGAGCAACGACGAGGAGUGACUAGUGAGCUGCGGUGCAUGAUGGGAAGCGUAGGGACUAGAGUGGAGGCCCGUGUCACUUGAGGCCACAGAGACUUUGGCUUGCAGGGACCAGGGCACAGUUAUGCACAGGUCCAUCUGCUGACGUUAGGGGUUCCUCGGCCACAGAAGUCCAAGGGGAAAAGGGAGCAGAAGCACAGAAGAGUCCAGAGCGUUAGUUAGGUUUGGAGGAGGACCAGUUAAGGCGUAAGGGCAGAAGAGACAGUGAAAUUUUUUGGGUGGCUGAGGUGAAAAAUUGAAAUUAAUGGAAAAAAAAAAAAAACUAAGUUCUUUUGAAAACAAAUCCCUUAGCUUAAAAUCUAAUGGAAAUGUCAGGAAUUUGCUUUAUCAUUUGUGUUACUUUAAAUGAUUAUACAUAUGGUUAGUUUGGGGUUUUUUGUUUGUUUGUUUGUUUUGUUUGUUUUUUAAUUUGGUUUCUUAGGGAUAAAAGUGGGUACUAGAGAUGUCUUUUCUUUGUCGUGGGUGAGUACUUCUAAAUCCUAAGAUGAGUGGAGUAGUCUGCAUACAAGUGAUUCCUGUAAGUUGAUGUACUAGAAUCUGGAUAAUAUAAAUCUUAAUAAAGAACUUUAAAAAAUCAUAUUUAAUUCAAGGCCAGUGUGGUCUACAUAGUUCCAGGCCAGUCAGGGCUAUAUGGUGUAAAAGUAACUUUCGUUCACCUGCUUCAGUUGUGUUGGAGGCCUACUGCCUCCUUCUGCUAACCUAGGCCUAGUCCUGGAAGCUUCUUUCCUCCAUACAAUGUAACCU